CAGUCGAGAUAACAACGUGUACAUGUAUAUCCUUCCUCUAUUCGCGAACUAUUGAAGUGCCUUCAAAUAGGCUUGUUGACACGCUAAGUGUUUAAAAUCACGCAACUUCCUAUAAUGCUACUAGUCUCAUGGGAACAACUAUCAGUUGCCAUUAUGCAAGAAAAGGUUACUUUAAAACUACUCGCCCUGUUUAUGUUAUUUCAGAUUUGUCAAAUGAAAGAACACUGUCAGCUGGACGAAGUUAAAAAAGACAUUUUCUUUUUACUGGAUUCUUCGGGCAGCGUUGGCUACAGAAACUUCCAAACGGCCAAAGCGUUCAUUGCUGGAUUCGUCAGCCGCUUACCAAUAGGGGUCAGCAACACACACGUUGCCAUCAUUCGGUUUUCUUCCGCACCCAAGCGGUACGCCAGCCUCAACUCGUAUUACACGAAGCAGAAUCUGAUAUCUGCCGUGGCCAACAUUCGAUACACCGGUGGAAGCACCAACACUGCAGAGGCCCUGGAGUUCCUCAGAACAAAACUGAUGAGAAGUUCUCGCGGUGAUCGAAAAGAUGCUGAAAACAUCAUCAUAAUAAUCACUGAUGGCUCGUCGACCUCGCUGCCCUCGAAGCUGACUCGAGAGGUGUCCACGCUGCACGAGAUGGGAGUUGUUAUUGCUGCUAUCGGAGUGGGCUCGAUGGUGAAGAAGACGGAACUGGAUUUCAUGGCAUCAGAGGACAGGUUGUCCUUUACGGUGGAAAACUACAAAGCUCUGUUUGCUAUACAAUCGUCGCUUUUUGGUGUUACGUGUGAUAAAACAUCAAAUAACGUAUCAGAUCUAGAGGAUGGCCAGUCAACAAAACAGUACACGACUGAUCCGGUUUGGUUGGACACUUCAACUGAGAUCCAGACGGCAUCUACGAGACUGUUAUUACUUAGUAAAACCACACAACAUCUAACAAAUAAACCAGUGUCGUCGCAAACAGAUUCAUCGUCCAAAGUUCGAUUACAGUCUUGGCAGAGUUUUAUUACUGGAGCUAGUUAUGUAACGAAAAAUCAACAAACCUCUGGUUUGACGUCAUCAAAACCAAAUACAGUUGAAACCACUGCUUUGGGCAAGAGAAUGGAGACUAUUUCACGCGUACUUACAACCGUUGAACCCGAAAAGCAUACACUAAAAGAUAAUUCCACGAUACCAUUUUCACCAACUAGCAAUCACAAUAACCAAAGAACACUUGCGGUUGCAAAUACCAAAUCUGCAACUAAACGACCAACCGUGAUGUCAGGGACUUCGACACAUCAGUAUGAACAUGACAGAUUCGUUACAGGAACUGAACAAUCUGAUUUAACUACACUAAACUUCAAGGAGCAAUUCUCGAUAAUAACGACAACAGAAAAUGACCGUUCCGAAUUGUUAACAGAAAUGAGACGCUUGGACUCGACUACAGAAAUCCGUAUACCUACAAGCACGCAAAUCACAACCUUUGCUGAUUCAUCGGGACGGCAUAAGGAUCCAGAUGAUACAUCCUUGCGAAAGGGUGGACAUUAUUUAGACUCUAAAAGCAAACAUGGAUUAUCCACUAAAAUGCAGCGUAGUUUGAAUAUUAUAUUUUACACAACCGCCAUCUUCGUCGGACUUGUUCUUAUUUCCAUUGUGAUUAUUAUUGCAACUCGCAAGCAGAGAUUAAAAUCAAGAAGAAAGAAACCAGGUCUGGAAACUGUAUAGUUACAUGAACAUUUGCAACUCACAUUUAAGCCAGUGUAAAAUAUUUUUAAGUUAAAUUUAAUAAAGAAACAUGAUCACUUUUAA